CUCCUCCCGUCUAUUCUCUUGGUUCCUGACGUUCCCUCGAGCCCUCUGAUGCCUUAGACUUCCUGCAUUUAUCUUCCUUGCUCAGGUGCUUUCCCUUUCCCAGAAGGCAGGCACCACUACCUUGGGUUGCUCCCGUCAUUUUUCCUCCCUUGCUUUCCUCCAUCCAGCCAAACUGGUUUGAGUCAGCUACACCCCCAUAUGAGCUCCUGGGGCUCUUCAGGUGGUGACUGGCCACCCAACCCCUCCCCUGGGCUUGGCUUGAAGCCCUGAGUCAGCUCCAUCUCUACCCAAGCCAAAUCAAACCUGAGGCAGAAGCCGAAACUCUCAGUACCUCAAGGCCUAUAGCCAGGUGAUGGAGGACGAGGAGAAUCCAGUGGAGAUCUUGGUGAGCAACAUGGAAGCUGCUCAUUCUCCAUCCCCCAUUCGCUGCUGCGGGCUCCGCCUCCGCUGCUGGGCAGCUACUAGCAUUAUCUGUGGCUGCUCUUGCCUGGGAGUCAUGGCUCUUGUGUUUGCCAUCAAGGCAGAAGAGCGGCAUAAGGCAGGCCACUCCGAGGAAGCAGUGCACUGGGGGGCCCGGGCCCGGAGGUUCAUCCUGGCCAGCUGUGCUCUCUGGCUUGCUGUCCUCGUGCUGGGCCCCCUGCUUCUGUGGCUGCUCUCUUACAUCAUCGCCCAAGCUGAGUGAGUGAGGGUGGCCUCUGAGAGUCAGCCGGAACCUCCUGGAUCCUGCAAGGCGGCAUUACUAGGGUCCAGUGCCCGCAGUGGUCCUCCCUGGCUGGAGGAUGGUGCCUCUCUCAAAGGGCUUUGGAAGAGCUCUUCCAGCCCUUUAUAAAAGGAACGGCAACUGGGACUGAUGAGGGGAGGUCAGCCUGCUCUGUUCUUUCAGUGUUCAUCAUUCCCUGCCCACCCCGUCCCCCAGCCUACCCCAUUCUAGGGGCCUCUACCCAGAGGUGGGGUUGAAGACCAGGCCUGAUUUUAUUAGAAUUUGUUUUAUAAUAAAAGCCUUUUUUAGUGGUGAAA